AUGUCUAUAAGUCCUUAUUAGCAAUCUUAAAUUUAUCUAACUUUGAGUGAGAAUAAAAGAACCUUAGCUCGUGUAGCUUAGCCAAAGAUCAACUCAUACAAUCUUCGAACCAAAGAUUCAUCAAGAUUAGAUGAUCUAGUCUCAGAUGAAAUACUUGACUAGCAGAUGAGCACUGAUAUGAUCAAUAACAUUAAUAAGAAAAAGAGCUCAUCAAUAUAAAUCCCACGAUUAAAACUCGGCAAUAAAUCUCAAAGUAUUUAAGAUUAAAAAGAGUCAGUUUAUAUGACCGAAUGUGAUAAUGCUUACCAAUCAAAGCUUGUUUUACCAUAUAAAAAUAAUGAGGUAAUACUCAAACCCCUUAAUAAAGAUGAAAAGACAGAAGAGCAAGUAAGAGUCAGGGAUAAAAACUUUGAGACAGUUGUAAAUGACUUAAACAAGAUAAGUUAUGACGCAGAAUCUGCUAUUUAAAAGGCCUAUGAUAGUUUAAGUUACAUGAAAGCAGAUAAAUAGUCAAUGAAUACAAAUGAUAGAUUAUUCUAAAAAGGAAUUCUAUUCAGGAGCAAAAUUAAGCAUAUUAACAAUCAAAUUGAUGAAGUACUAUCUAAGAGAAUUGCUUCAACAAUUCUUGAGAACUAAGCUUAAGACAAUAAAUUUGAUAUGAGUAAAUUUCUCAAUUCCCCAAAGGAGGCUAGAAAAAGGAAAAUUACUAAUGAUUUUAUGAAUUCUGAUGACUUGUUCAACUCAGGAGCUAUCACUUCUUAAAGAAAUUCUCAAAAGCAGAAACGAAAAGUAAGUGAGUACAUUGAUGAGUAUAUGACAAGUGAAAAUAAAAAUGAUAAGAAAAGCUUGUACAGUCUAACAAAGAAAGAAUUAGAAAAAGCUUAGAAAAAGAUAAAGCAACUUUCCCAGAACGAGAAUAGCUAAGUUUAGUAGAAGAAAAAAGUAAGGAAAGUUUAAGUUAAAACUGAGAUUAACUAAGUUUACAUAGUUGAUUAAAUCAAGGAAGAAGAUUUUUCUAGAAAUCAUAAACAAAUGUACCUGAAUAACAAGAAAAAUCUUCCACCGAGCAAUAUUCCAUCGCAAUAAAAUCCGUACAGCUACAUAUGA